AUGACCAAAAAAGGCCUCAUGAAGAAGGUAGCAUUUCAGUUUUUCGAUGGAAACCAGGGAUUUCAGGAGAUGGAGGUUCAAGCAGUUUUGAAACCAAGCCAUCAGAAGGAAGGACAGGAAUUAAAUGCUUUGCUAAAUGCUCCUCACAUUCAGGCACUCUUAUUAGCCCAUGAUAAGGUUGCUGAACAGGAAAUGCAGCCGGAGUCCACUACAGAUGAGAAAAUUUAUGAGAGUGUUGGCCAGUAUGGAGGGGAGACUGUAAAAAUAGUUCGUAUCGAAAAGGCUCGAGAUAUUCCAUUGGGUGCUACUGUUCGUAAUGAAAUGGAUUCUGUCAUAAUUAGUCGGAUCGUAAAAGGAGGUGCUGCAGAAAAAAGUGGACUAUUACAUGAAGGAGAUGAAGUUCUGGAGAUUAAUGGCAUUGAAAUUAGGGGAAAGGAUGUCAAUGAGGUUUUUGACUUGUUGUCUGAUAUGCAUGGCACGCUCACAUUUGUGCUGAUUCCUAGCCAGCAUAACAAGCCCCCUCCUGCCAAAGAAACAGUAAUACAUGUGAAAGCUCAUUUUGAUUAUGAUCCUUCUGAUGACCCCUAUGUUCCUUGCCGAGAAUUAGGUUUGUCUUUUCAAAAAGGAGAUAUACUUCAUAUCAUAAGUCAAGAAGAUCCUAACUGGUGGCAGGCCUACCGAGAAGGAGAUGAAGAUAAUCAACCUCUGGCAGGACUUGUUCCAGGGAAAAGCUUCCAGCAACAAAGAGAAGCCAUGAAGCAAACUAUAGAAGAAGACAAGGAACCCGAAAAAUCAGGAAAAUUGUGGUGUGCAAAAAAGAAUAAGAAGAAAAGAAAAAAAGUUUUAUAUAAUGCCAAUAAAAAUGAUGAUUAUGACAAUGAAGAAAUACUAACUUAUGAGGAAAUGUCACUCUAUCACCAGCCAGCAAAUAGGAAAAGACCUAUCAUCUUGAUUGGCCCACAGAACUGUGGCCAAAAUGAACUUCGUCAGAGGCUUAUGAAUAAUGAAGUAGAUCGGUUUGCAGCUGCAGUUCCCCAUACAACUCGGAGUAGACGAGACAAUGAAGUAGCUGGCAGAGAUUACCACUUUAUUUCACGACAAGCUUUUGAAGCAGAUGUAGCUACUGGAAAGUUUAUUGAACAUGGUGAAUUUGAAAAAAAUUUGUAUGGUACCAGUAUAGAUUCCGUGAGGCAGGUGAUCAACUCGGGCAAGAUAUGCCUUUUAAAUCUUCGUACACAGUCAUUGAAGAGCCUUCGGAAUUCAGAUUUGAAGCCAUAUAUUAUCUUCAUUGCGCCUCCUUCACAAGAAAGGCUUCGUGCGUUAUUGGCCAAAGAGGGCAAAAAUCCAAAGCCAGAAGAAUUGAGAGACAUUAUUGAGAAGACUAGAGAAAUGGAGCAGAACAAUGGCCACUACUUUGACACUGCAAUUGUGAAUUCAGAUCUUGAUAAGGCCUAUCAGGAGUUGCUUCGAUUAAUUAACAAACUUGAUACUGAACCUCAGUGGGUACCCUCCACCUGGCUGAGGUGAAAAAAAUAAUUAUUCCAUAGCAUGAGCGUGCUUUUCUCUGGCAAACUGCCAACAAGGAAAAUUGCCUCCAUACUUUAAUGAGAGUACUAGGUGGCCAACAGUCUCUUAUACCUCUGUUUUUUGUUGUUGUUGUUUGUUUGUUUUGUUUUUAAAAUAUCUCUUAUGUUAAUAUGAUUGGACAAAGGCAUUCUGGCUGUUGGUGAACAGUGUUCUUUACUCAUUGUUCUAGGGAUUCCUUACUCGUUUUUGGAUUAUAAAUGUUACUCUUUAGACAAAGCAAUCCCAUUUUAAUUAUGAAAAUCUUUGAAUCCUGUUUUUACUUAACUAAAUCUGUUUUCUACUCAGUCACAUUUCCAUAAAUGUAAUGCAUGUGCAUACAUGUAUAUAUACAAUCCAUGUCACAUAGUUAUAAAUAUUGAUGUUAUUUAACACUUAAAAGAAUUUACCUAGUAGAAUCUUUUGUCCUUUUAGAAUAUGCCUCUCAAAUAUAGGGCAGGACUGGUUGUGGUUAUUAGAAGCCCUUUUAAAAAAUAAAAAGAAGGCAAAAAUAUG